AUGAACCUGUCCCACUUUCAGUUUAAUAGCUAUUUUGUUUGCGUGCUUAAGUUAAUUAACUCUUUAUUUUUUCAGGAUAUUGAUGAUUCUUCUAUUUCUAGUACGCCUGGUUACAUGGAUCCGAGUAGUUUCAUCAAGAAGGUUACUGUGAAAGCAACAUUUGAUUACGAGAGCCGACAAGAUGAUGAAUUGUCAUUUUGCAAGCAUGCUGUAAUUACAAAUGUAGUGAAACAGGACAGUGGUUGGUGGCGUGGUGAUUAUGGUGGAAAACGGCAACAUUGGUUUCCCAGUAAUCAUGUAGAAGAAUUACAAGAGGCACACAUCGAAAAAUCUGACAGCGGUUCAACAGAGUCUAUGUUUUUGGGAAAUUCACAAAAAGGGAGUUUAGACUUGACUGGCGCUUUAGUUGAGAUUGGCAAAUUAAAUCAACUGAAACUUGAGUGGAUGAUCAAAAUACAAACAUCUAAUGCAUGCACCCCAUUCGUUGUAGGUUCAGUAUCACGAGAACAAGCGGAAGAAUGGAGAAAUCUUAUUAUCGAAACUGCCCAUAAUGCCAGUGCAAGAGAAACAGAAAAUAAAAAAAUGGAAAGACAGUUGAAAAUUGCCAAAGAAAUAUCUGAUCUUAUUAUUUAUUGUCGAUCAGUGGCAUUUUGUCUAGAAACACAACGAGAACGUGGAUUUGUACACAAUGAAAUGUCUUCUUUUCCCGAAAAUAAAGCGGAAAAACUUAUGUGUCAUCAAGAAAGCGUAUUCUUCUUUCGUUAUCAUCAAAUUCAAUUUAGUAGAGUAUUUCCAAAAGGUCAACGCAUUGACUCCUCUAAUUAUUCGCCAAUAGCUAUAUGGAAUACAGGAUGUCAGAUGGCUGCUCUUAAUUACCAGUCACCAGAUAAAUCAAUGCAAUUAAAUCAAGCCAAAUUUCGUUUAAACGGUGGUUGUGGCUAUGUUUUAAAACCAGAUUAUAUGUUAGACGAAAGUGAUAAACUCUCAACAAAUUGGAUGGAAGAGACAUUAUCACUAACAGUUUGUAUUAUUGCUGGUCGACAUGUUGGUAGACCAGGUCGUAACGGAAUUUCUAAUCCAUUUGUUAUUGUUGAGGUGUAUGGAGCUGAAUACGAUUCAGGAUUAAAAUUAAAUACACGCACAAUACCUGAUAAUGGAUUUAAUCCAGUUUGGAAUGAAACUUCUGAAUUUGAAAUUGCAAAUCCCGCAGUUGCAUUUAUUAGAUUUGUUGUGAAUGAUGAAGAUAUGUUUGGUGAUUCCAAUUUCAUAGGACAAGGAACAUAUUCGAUAAUUUCAUUGAGGUCAGGUUAUAGAAGUGUUCCAUUAAAAAAUGGCUAUUCUGAAGAUAUUCCUUUAGCGUCUCUCUUAGUACAUAUCACAAUUAGAAGUAAUACUGUUAGCAAACCAAACAAUAACUUUUUUUUUAAAUCUAUUCAAAGUUAAUUAUUUUGAGCGUACGUUAAGUGAUUGUUGCUAACUGACUAUUAAUACAAUUUUUAAUUUAAAUGAAUAAUAAAAAUUAACUGCCUUUCAUUGUAUGUAUAAUAUUUUACAUACAUAUAAUUAGUGAAUGAGAUGCAAUUUUUCCAAUGUUUUAAAAACAAAAUGUUGUUUACUAUUAUAGUUAGAACUGUUAAUUAAAAAUAAUAUUUUAUUGUAAAUAAAUGUGUGAAUAAUAAAACAUAAGUACAUCUUAAAAUUUAUAUUUUCAAACAAAAUACAGAACUACGAUUUUGUGCAAAGAGAAUGCAACAACAAAAUAAUUUAAGGGGUUUUAUAUAGGCAAUUUUAUGAACAUUAUUGUAAAAAAGUUUUAAUCAAAAAAUAGUUUAUUAUAUUUUUAUAGACAUUUCGGUGAAAAAUUAGUAUCACCUGUUUUUAUGUUAUCUAAUAUAAUAUAUAUAUUAUAUUGGUUGUAGUAAAUUGUUGUA